UUUAUCGUCACCGUGAGCGCGCAAUUGCUCGUCGAAGAUCAUUUUUGCCCUAUUCGCCAUCACCACACUUCUCGAGCUCUCAUCGUUUCGAGGACGCCAUGUCCAUUGCUUCUUCUAUCGAGCACAUCAUCCCACGCUGCUACCUCUCUCUUAAACCCCCCGCUUCCCUUCCUCGCGCUCUCCCCCUACUACGGGCACACCGGCGCUUGUUCUUUCGUCCGCUCUCCUCUCCCGUUGCCGCCUCCGUGGACUCCACCGCAACCAAAGAUAAUGCUCGACCGCCUAGUACAGAUGAUGAUACUUCGGUGUCUGUGGCAUCGGAGAGGUCCCUGGUAGACGUCAACCCGCCCAGAGGAACAAGGGACUUUCCCCCGGAGGAUAUGCGGCUGCGGAAUUGGCUUUUCAACAACUUUAGAGAGGUAUCUAGGCUGCUGUCGUUCGAGGAGGUGGACUUUCCCGUCCUCGAGUCGGAAGCACUUUUUAUUAGAAAAGGCGGGGAGGAGAUCACCCAGCAGUUGUACAACUUUGAAGAUAAAGGUGGUCGUCGUGUUGUUUUGAGGCCCGAAAUCACUCCUUCAUUAGCACGUCUUGUGAUCAAGCAGGGAAAAUCUGUCUCUCUUCCUUUGAAGUGGUUCACCAUUGGACAAUGCUGGAGGUAUGAGCGCAUGACAAGAGGAAGGCGAAGGGAGCACUAUCAAUGGAAUAUGGAUAUAAUUGGCCUCUCUAAAGUCAGGGCAGAGGCUGAACUUAUUCAUGCUAUUGUCCUUCUAUUUGGACGACUUGGGAUCACAUACUCUGAUGUUGGGAUUAGAAUUUCUAGCCGAAAGGUUCUUCAGGCAGUGCUGCAACUGCAUUCUAUACCAGAACAUUUGUUUGCAGAAGUUUGUGUUAUUGUUGAUAAGAUGGGAAAAGUUUCUAGAGAUGUGAUUGAGAAUGAACUGAUGACAGCAGGGGUUUCCAUUGAGGCUGUUAAAGGAAUAAUUGAAGUUUUGUCUCUAAAAUCAUUGUCAAAACUUGAAGAGGUUCUUGGAUCGGAAGAUGAAGCUGUUACUGAUCUGAAGAGUUUAUUUUUACUUGCUGAACAUUAUGGCUAUAUUCAGUGGAUAAACUUUGAUGCAUCUGUUGUGCGAGGACUUGCCUAUUACACUGGAAUAGUCUUUGAGGCAUUUGAUAGGGAAGGAAAGCUACGGGCUAUUUGCGGUGGUGGAAGAUAUGACCGUUUGUUUUCUACCUUUGGUAGUGAUGACAUUCCAGCAUGUGGAUUUGGUUUCGGUGAUGCUGUUAUCGUUGAAUUGCUGAAGGAAAAGGGUCUUCUACCUGAUCUUAAUCGGCAAGUAGAUGACAUUGUUUUUCUGCUGGAUGAGGAGCUUGAAGGACCUGCUUUAAAAAUUGUUUCUUCACUUAGACAGACAGGGCGAAGUGUCGAUCUUAUACAAGAUAAACGGCUUAAAUGGGUUUUCAAGCAUGCUGAAAGAAUCAAUGCUGAGAGGCUUAUCCUAGUGGGCAAUUCAGAGUGGCAGAGAGGUUUGGUUCGUGUGAAGAUUCUAGCAACUAGAGAUGAGUUUGAAGUUAAGAUGGAUGAGCUAACAGCUCCUUCAUAAUUUGUUGUCAUUGUAUUAUUCCUUUCUGACUGUUCUAGUUCUUUGAAAUUAUUUAGCUAGAAAUAAGAGAUAUGAAGAUAUUUAACUUUUUCAUUGGAAUUAUUCCAUCUCGUC